AUGGAGGACUGCUGCGUGGUGUGCGCCGAGCCGCUUCGCUGGGUGGCCAUCGGCCCGUGCCGCCAUCGCGACGUGUGCUCCAUGUGCGUCGCGCGCCUGCGCAUCGUCAUGAACGACCGUCGCUGCUGCAUAUGCAAGCAAGACUGCCCCGCGGUCGUCGUCACCAAGGCUCUCGGCGAGUACACGCGCUGCUCCUACGACUUUUCGAUCCUGCCCGGCGCCGUGAAGAAGCCCGGGUUAUCGGGAGGCGAUUUCUGGUACGAGCCGACUAUGCACGCGUAUUUCGACGACGAGGACCACUUCAAAACCAUGGCCGCCUUGACCCGCCUCGCGUGCCGCGUCUGCCAAGGCGACGCGCCGCCUUCCGCCAUGGACGCCGCUGCCGCCGCCGCCGCCACCGCCGCCAGCGCUCGUGCUGAUGCGGCAGCCGCUGAGGCCACGUCGGGUGGCGCGGGGGAAGGUUCCGGUCGGGGUGGUGGGGCGGGGGGAAGGGGCGGAAACGGCGGGAAGGGGAGAGGAGGAAAAGGGGGAGGCCGUGGGGGAAAGAUGCUGAAGGGUUCUGUCCCGCAGGGCUUUUCUUUCACGCACGUCAAUUCGUUAAAGGCGCACCUGCAACAGUCACAUCGGCUGGGCAUGUGCGAUUUGUGCCUGGAGGGUCGCAAGGUGUUCGUGGCGCAUCCCGGCAGCUAUGAGUACUUCCGAUCAUAUGAUGACCUCGAGGCGCACUUCCGCCAGGAGCACCACCUGUGCGAGGACCGCGAGUGCCUGGAGAAGAAGUUUGUGGUCUUCAGCUCCGACCUGGAGCUCAAGCGCCACAUAGCCCAGAUGCACGCGGGCAACAUGAAGCGCGCCGAGCGCAACCGCGUGCUGCAGGUAGGAAGCAAUGGAAGGGACUUCGCCAUGCGUUUCUCAUUCCGUCUCUUCCUCUGCCUCACUCAUUCCGUCUCUUCCUCUGCCUCUCUCAUUCCCUUCCACCGUUCUGUCCCCCUUUGCACUCUCUUCCCCCCACCUCCCUUCCCCACCUUCCUUCCUCCUUCCCCAAAAUUCCCCACCGUCUUUCUUCGCCCUCUUUCCGCUCCCUGCUCGUCUUUCCCAUUCGUCCUUCCCCCCGUCCCCUCUGCUUUUCCUUUCCAGAUCCCAGCAUCUCAACUAUUCAACUUCCACACGCCGCGCACCAACUUCGAAGGACCGGGCUCAGAACCCUUCUCUGCAUCCCGCCCCCACAUGCCCCUGCUCGCACACGGCCAGGGGGGCAGGGGCGGAGCAGCGGGCGGAGGCAGGGGGGGAAGAGGCCGAGGCGGAGGUCGAGGGGGAAGGCGAGGGGGAGGGGGAGUGAGUGAUGGGGAUGCGAUGACAGCGAGUAUAGAGCUUGCAAUGGUGGAUGCAGCACUGAGGGAAUCCGCUGCUGCUGCUGCUGCUGCUGCUGCUGCGGCUGAGCGAGGGGGGCGCGGAGGGAGUGAGAGUAGAGUCGAAGCCUUCCCGUCUCUCUCCUCCAGUGUGCCUGGUACCAGUGCGGAUGGAACUGGUCCGGGCGGCAGCAGCGGCAGCGGUGGUGGAGGUGGUGGUGGUAGUGCCGGUGCUGCAUAUGUGGACAGGGCGCAUGCAGGUGCUACGCCAGGGGCUGUGGUGGAUGCGUUGUUUCCGCCGCUCCCCAAUGCCGCUGGCACUGGGAAGAAGAAGAGCAAGGGGAGAGCAUGGGCGGCCGGGGGAGGGGCAGCGGGAGGCACGUCAACCGGCGCAGGCAGCAGCAGCAGCAGCAGCAGCAGCAGCGGCAGCAGAGGGAGUGCAACAGCAGGUGCGGGAGGAGGAGCAGGUGGAGCAGGUGGGGCGACAAUGGCUGCUGUUCUCAUGGCUGAUGCAGGCUGGAGCAGUGUCACUAACCAGGGCUUGGCAGGGGGAGGAGGGGGGAGGAAAGGGGGUAGAGGGAAGAAGGGAACUGGGUGGACAGGGUUGCCUGCAAGGGGGGCAAGGGGCGGCAUUCAAGUCCUCAAUGCCGCCGGACCUAUUGGUCGCCAAGCCAAUACGGGAGGCUCGGGGGUGUGGCGGAGCGUUGGGGAUGGGGGUGGUGAUGGAAGAAGUGGUGGUGGUGGCGGUGGUGGUGGCGGAUAUGGGGAUGGGGGGAGUGGGGAUGGAUGGGCCAUGGUGGGUGUGAGUGGGAGGGAGCAUGGCGGUAGAGUGGGGAUUGGAGUGGGUGGCAGUGACAGUGGUUUGGCUGUGACCCCCUCUGCUUUCUCUCUCCUGUCUGCUGCAGGCCAGGAGGAGAGUGAGGAAGAGAGUGAGGGGGAGGGUGAGGAAGAAGGGCUUAAUGGCAGUACUAAUCUAUCAUCUUUUCCCGGACGGGCAGAACAGUCACGAUCAGCAGGAGCAGCACCGGCGGCAGCGGCAUGUAAGGAGAAUGGUUAUUCAGGAAAGGAGGAUCAGGAGGAGGAGGAUGAGAGCAAGCGGGACGGGCAGCAGCAGCUAGACGAAGCAGAGUUCCGCGCUGCAAACCGGGCGGUGAUAGAGGAGAUCAGGUCUACCUUUGGAGGUGACAAGAGCAAGUUUGAGGACUUUAAGGAUAAGUCGGUGCAGUUUAAGUCGGGGAAGAUGGCGACUGUGGUGUUUUAUGCGCACCUGUGCCGCUUGGGGAUUGGUCAUGUGGUGCCUCAGCUCGCCCGGCUGUGCCCGGAUGCGAGGAAGAGAGAGGAAAUGCUGCAGGCGCAUGCACAGAAAGAGGCGAUGAUGAGAGGGAUGGCUGGUGGUGCUGCUGGUGGUGCUGGUGGUGCAGGGGGGGCAAAGCAAGGGAAGAAAGCUUCGUUUUCCUCUUCCUCCUCCUCUUCCUCUUCCUCCUCUUCUUCCUCUUCCUCCUCGUCUUCUGCCCCUUCCAUGCCCUCGCUGGCUAGCCAUGCUACGCUGAACACUGCUUCUGCAGAGGGUAGCACCAAGCCCGCUGCUGACCAAUCAGAGAGCGACAGCUGGGCGUGUGGCAUCUGUACGCUCAUCAAUGAACCGAUUGUUCUCUGCUGCGCUGCGUGUGGGUCUGCCAAUCCGAGAGCUUGCAAGGGAGCUCCAGCAGGAAAAGGAGCAGGAGGUGUGGGUAGUGGGCAGAGGAGCAAGGGUCGUAAGAACAAGGGUAUAACGGUGAGGAUGGGUGACGGCUCUGCGGCUGCUCUCCUGGGCCCGCUGAAUGGAAGGGAAGCAGAAGCAGAAGCACCAACUCGAGGUCCCUGGGUUGCUGUGCAAGCCGUGGCGUGCGUUUCUGCUAGCGUUUUCGAAGUUGCAAGCUACUAG